AUGAAUUAGGGUUUAUAUUCGUUAUAAACCAUCAUAAUUACCAUAAUGAGUCUAAUUUUUAAUUAAAGUCAUUACUUACAAUAGUUUCAGGUUUAGAGAUCAAACCACAUUAAAGCAUUUUUUCAACUGUGGUUUACAACUGUCAGAUUUGUUAUUUAAGACAUUAAAACAGUUUGGUCAAAUUUGAGUUCUAAGCACUUACUUUAAGUCCCAUGUUUGAAAACUGAUUCGCUGUGUUUAUGUUUAUAAUUGAACAGGAUCUAAAGUUUUCAUGAAGAGAUUUCCUUUUCUGGUAUAAUAUGGGUUCCACCACGAUUACUAUUGAAAAGUUUCUAGUUGCCGCGGCAGAAUUUGUAAAAGUAUCUGAUCGCAUUGGCGAUGGCUGGAAACUGAAACAGGAUAAUACAGAUUCGUAUAAGACGUUUUUAAGAAAAGAUACGUUUAUCCAGCUAGAAGAUAAUAAUAUAAGUAAUUUACUAAAAGUAGAAUAUGUGAUAUUCUACAAUUUAAGUUAUGGCGUGCCAUCAUUUAGUUUUAAUAUCUGGAAUUCGACCGGGUCAUUGCUAUCAUUGGAUGAUAUUAGAAAAGUGUCUGCUAUUCAAAUUAAUGAAAAGGACUUCUACUCAGUUAUAACACAACAGGAGCACCCUGUACUCCAGCGGCCAUACUUCAUAGUACAUCCAUGCCACACUGAGACAUUACUGGCUGCUUUCAGUAAUUCAUCAAAAAAUAUAAUUGUGACCUUUCUUGGUCUUGUAACACCACUCAUAAAACUUAACUUGCCUUUGGAUUAUGGUUUAUAGUCCUUAUGCUUGAUCAGAAAAGAAUAAGUUCAAUUCAUCAAGAAACCAUGGAAAAAAAAAUAUCCACCUGCAGUCAGGCCACAAGUAAGAGCUUUAAGUUAUU